AUGGAAACAAACCCAUUGACCAUUUACUUAAUGUCGAUCAAGGUUUAUCAUCUUCAGCUACCAAGUCAUAAAUUUUUUUGGACCACAAGGAAUGGUCAUCAUCCUUUGUUUAGGUCAACUCCGUCUUCACGCUCCCACAUUUAA